AGGACGCUGAUCCGUUCGUUCAUCGCUCUCGCUCUCUCCCUCGCCGUUCCCGUGUGCAAUACUUCCUUCUAAAGGGGGACAGCCGCCUAUCUCUCCAUGGUAGGCUCAAGAUCUAGUCUGUUCAGAUUUCAGAUCAGUCGGCUCCAGGACUCCCAUCUAUCACGGCUGGAGGUCAUUCUGAUGCACCUUUCUCCCAUGAGUGCACUCCAAAGAUGAUAGCAGAUGCCAUGGAGAAGAAAGUGCAGCGCUUGGAGAAGGACCUGGAGGAGAUGAAGAGAAAGUACGAACUCCAGUGUCGACGUUCUCAUCAGCUGGUCGAGGCAUUCCAGCUCAAGAUGCAGGAAAAAGAAACGGAGCUCCAGCGACUUAAAAUCCUCCAGGAUUGUCAGCUGAGGAACAUCAUCAAGAAACUUCUCCACGUUGAGGUGCAGCUCAGGAAGGAGAAAGUGUCGCUGACGAGAUGCGUUCAGGAGAAGGAAUCAUGCAUCCAGGAGCAACGAGAAGAACUCGAGCGGCUCAGAGGACUCCUGUGUUUACGGAAGAACGGUGUGACGAACUCGCGACUGAAGAGCAACCUUAAAAGCAAGAGUGAUAGUGACAUCGUUGCGGGGGAUAUGAAGAUCGUCCGAGUCGGCUCCUCUGUGUCUUUCCUCUUGCAGAAUGGAGGACGGAACGAGAGCGACGAAGAGGACACCAAGAGUGACUCAGACGCCUUCUGUGAUGAACCAAAGAGUUCCAUCAUCGAGACCAUCAACUGUGUGUUGAACGGGUCAAGUCCUAGUCCUAAACGGAGCCCGUGUAAUGAGACUCAGUUGAAUCAGACUGGCUUCCGUUACGGCAGCAAGGACAGUGGGAUCGAUUCUGAAUCACCAAAUUCUAUGAGUGAGAAAAAAGAUCAGCUGGACUUGAUCGAAACGGAGCAAACCCAGAGUGAGACUGGUUUCCACAUCCACCUCAAGGACGUUUCGGAUCACAUGGUGAGGCAGAACUUCGAGGAGUUCAAACUGGAGAACGUGGAUGACAGUAUCUCCAAUUCCAGCAUGGAUGAAACGUGCGAGAUCCCUUCGCCUCCGCGACAGUCCGGCGACGGGGAGCCAACCAGCCCCAACCAGCUCCCACCUGGACCUGAUAGCGAAGAUUAUCGUAAGUUAAUCCAGUUCCACGGCAGUUAUGACAAGUUCCUGGAAGCGACGGGCUUGAGUCAGAAGUCCAUCCUAACGCCGAGUCGCAUCAUGACCAAUCACCGCUCCGUCACGAAACCCAAAGAUGUGAAAAACAGGAGCCGAUGGAAGGCUGCAUCCAAUACCUCGUCUCCCGAAGGUGAUCCUCAGGAAAAGAACUUCGUCAAGUACUGGGCCGAGCCGAAUUAUUUGUGAGAUUGCUGUCGUGCGAUAGUGAUGCCUUUCAGGGACCAGAGGAUUGAUUUUAUGCCAAACAGAGCCAGGAGAAUCAACGUUUCUUCCACUUCGUACACGAAUGAUCCCUGCUCUGAUUUAUCACCAAAGCCAACCCUGUUCACAAGGGUUAUGAAUUCAUGCAUUCCAG